AUGGCGGGUGAAGAAUGGGAACCUUUUAAGCCGGAAAUCGAGCGUCUCUAUUGUUAUGAAAACAAGACAUUGCGUCAAGUCAAGGAUUACAUGGCGUCCAUGUACGACUUUGACAAGUCUCCAUCACAAUACCAAAGGCAACUCGCGAAAUGGGGUCUCAGCAAAAACCAAACACGAGUAGCCGAUUGGGAGUUUAUCGGGCGACGAACAGAGAAAAGAAAACGAAAUGACGAAAAAGAAAGCGAGGUUCACAUCGGUGGUAUCCAGCUUCGGCCUCAAAAGAUCAGGAAAGCAAAGUACAGGGAGGCCUUUGUAUCGACAAUGGACAUAUACAUCGCUAAUUCAUUGCAAGCUCCGUCGCCGGCUACCCCAGAAGGAGUGGUUGUCUGCACCCCGGUGUCACCAGGGAUGCGUCUUAAGUGGAACGCCUCUCUUCCAUGGCUGCGAUUCAUCAGCCUACUAAGGCCUGAAAUGAGUCAAGAUGCACCCUCUCCGUCGUCCUCGCUUACGGUACCCUCACCUCGGGAGCUCGAUGUGCCCUCUCACACUGCCAGCCGGGAGCUUAUGCGACGCUUGGCUUCGAUAGUACCAUGGAAUAGACUCAACAGCCCCCAGAACAUAUACAGUAGCUCCCGAACUGCGGCAGCUUUGAUGAUUCUGAUGCCAGAGAAGUCUGAGGGGGAACACCUUGAAUUGUCGUCCAAUUUGAGCGAUUCCAAGCAAAAUGGCAGAGACCGUCUGACUCUCGAGCUGUUUCUGUUGUCCAAUAACCUCGUCUCACAUGCACCUGGUGGACGGUCCGAAGAUAGUAUGCUAUACGAUGACGAACGUGUCAUGGAAACGUUUAACGAGUCUGGGUGGAACAACGUCAAGCAUCUUCAAAUGUUGUUAUCGACUCACGAACCGACGGCCGGCGCAAUUGCAGAGAAGCUGUUCGCAAGUGCUAUAAGAUUAGUCGAUGUGGACACUGUGAAAAUGAUGCUCGAGGCAGGAAUGGAUGUAAAUGCAACAGUCGACACCAUCCGUCACGGCCCUCUGAGCUCCCUGCAAUUUGCCUCAGCAAUUUCGGAUAAUGAGGGCCUAGAGCUCAUGCAACUUCUUCUAUCAUAUGGGGCAAAUGUAAACCUCUCGCACAAUGAGCAUUCCGCUCUGGGGCUUGCUAUUGACGAAAGGAAUGAUGAGAUCACACGAGUGCUCCUAGAUCACGGAGCUAUAGUAACACCAUCGUGUCUUUCUGCUAUUGCCACCUACAGAACCAUUGACAACCUUGUCAGGGACGUUAUCAAUGCUUGUCCUAAUGUGAACGAGCGAACUGGGUGGCAGGAUCCUAGUGCUCUCACCCGCGCUGUAUCACAUAGAAAUGUUGCAAUGAUAGUCCUGCUACUCGCGAGAGGCGCCGAGAUAAACGAAUUAGUUGACAUUGACUUUGACAAUGACCUGGCUGUCACCACAGUGCUAGGAAUUGCGGUCAAGUCUGGUCUUCGGGUGGUACAGUCCCUACUGUGUGCCUGUCGGAACGUCAACCCCAAGUUUGACGACUUUCCCUAUGUAUCGCCACUCGCGCUAGCUGUAGAGACCGGCAAUACUGAAAUUACCUGGACUUUGCUCCAAGCAGGGGUAGAUGUUGAGGUUGCUGAUGGGCAGGGUAACAUGACAUUGCUCGAACGUGCCACGAAGAAGAAGAACCCGAGCCUGUGGCGAGUGUUGAUCGAAUAUGGUGCUCAACUUGACAGGCCUUCGUCUGACACAAAGCGCGCAUCCUCAGCAAUUCUUGUUGCUAUAAUGGAGAAGCAAUCUGAUCUGGUUGAGCUCUUGAUCAAAGUUGGUGCAAGACUGAAUGACGAAUACAGCCAACCUCCCGGUACUGUCCUCGGGGCAGCCAUUGAAAUUGGGGACACAUUAUUGAUCGACAAGCUGUUGGCUGCAGGCGCUAGAGUGCUGAAAGGACAGCUAAGGCGCAUUGGGAACCUACAUACUGCGAUGUAUCUGCAGCAACGUACUGUUUUGCAAAGAAUUUUGCAGACCUCUGGACCGGAGAUCUUGGCGGCCGCAUUAUUAGCCAGAGAUGAUGAUUUUUGCCAGUACCUGCUUGAGUAUGAUGCCGAUCUGGCAAAAGGACUUACAGAUUCCCAGGACUCCAGGUGGGCAAAAACCCCCCUGGGAGCGGCAAUACAGACGCGCAACUUUGUCUUCGCAGAGACUCUCUUGAGCCGUGGCGCUAAAGUCACAGAAGGCGAUCUUGCGGACGCAAUGAACUAUUGUGGAGAUAAUACUGAAUUUCUUCAACGCCUACUGCCUGGGUUCCGCGGAAGCGCCCCGACUGCGGUGGGAGUUGCGGUGCUCAAUAAUAUGAAAUGCCUAGAAGUGCUUCGAGAGGCAAAUGUGGACCCCACUGGAGCACCACAACUGUUUCAGGACACCUGGGAUCUAGACGACUUCGACUUGGAGCCUCCGCAAUCGGCCCUUGAAAUUGCGGUUGUAAUGGGCAAAGAGGCUAUGGGCAAAGAGGCUCUGGGCUUUCUUCUUCAGUGGACCGCUUGGGACCCUAGGCUGACCGGCCGUGCCUUAGUCAUUGCAAUCGGUUUAAAUGAACACGACCUUGUCGACAGCUUGCUAACAUGUGGCCCUGACCUGCGCCAAGAAGUCGCCAUCAGAUAUAUGUAUUACGAAGACGAAGAUAGUGAAACAAGGAAUGAACAGUACGAAAUCUUCACCCCUCUCCAGGCAGCGGUCAAAGAGCAGCUAGUUCCUGUGGCAAAAUUCCUCGCCAAAUCUGUCGAUGUGGAUUACCUAGGCGAUGGUGCUCGUCGCCGGACACCGCUACAACAUGCAGUUGAGAAAGGAAACAUGGAACUCAUCAAAAUGCUUCUGCAACAUGGGGCUAGGGUUGACGGCCCUCCUGCUAGGGACGGGGGUGCCACAGCUCUACAAAUUGCAGCAUUUCAGGGAUACGUUGGUAUUGCUCGAAGAUUAAUCGACCUGGGUGCGGACAUCAACGAAGCCCCUGCCAGAUUCAACGGACGUACGGCUUUACAGGGAGCGGCAGAACAUGGUCGAAUUGAUCUGUUGCAGAUGCUGCUUGAUGAAGGGGCGUUAAUUGUCGGUGAUGGUGAACAGCAAUAUCAAAGGGCCGUAGAGCUUGCGGAGCAAAACGGACAUAAAGCUGCUGCCCGGCUCUUGAGGUCUUUCAGGAGCUUGGUUCAGUUGAGUACUCCCUAG